CGUUUGAUACACAAUGAAUAAGUCUAUUUUCCUAGUUGGAGCAUUUUUGGCUGUCGCUUUCGGGCAAACGUGUAGCCCAGACAGAAUUACUGCACCAUGCGAUGUUGGUUUGCCUUGUGAAACUGGAUCUACUUGUGAUCUUACUCUUUUAAGUUGCUGUCUCAAUGCGGAUCUCAUCACCACUGUGGUUCCAUCUAACGUUGUCACCGACGCUUCGGGAUCCACUGUGACUGUUGCCACGACUAUCCGUAGUGGAUCCACUGUCACUUCCCGCACUUCAUCUGGAACAGGAUGCGUUGAUCGUGUCAAUUCAGCUACAGGAACUUCUGAUUGUGCUAAUAGAAGAGCUCUCUGCAACGAUGCCAACUACUUUGACGUCAUGACUCAACAAUGUCCAAAGACUUGCGGAAGAUGCUCAUCAUUCUCUAGCACACCUACAACUGGUACAUGCACUGACUUGAAGAACCCAAAGACGGGAACUUCGGACUGCGCAAGCCUGCGUUCUUUCUGUAAUGAUUCCAACUACAUUGAUCUGAUGAGAACUCAAUGCCCAAGAACUUGUGGAUUCUGUGGAAGUUCCGGUUCAUCUUCUACCACUAGAUCCAGCGCAACUGUUUCUUCCGGAACAUGUGUCGACAGAGUCAACCCAGCCACCGGAAGAUCUGAUUGUGCAUCCAACAUUGGUCUUUGCAACAACUCAGCCUACCAAUCCGUCAUGCGUGCUCAAUGUCCAAGAACCUGCGGAUUCUGUACAUCCGGAUAAUUUGUUUCGCCAUCACGAUUAGUAAUAAUUGUGUAAUAAUGUGUCCAAUUCAUUUUAAUUUAUAAUAAAACGCUGCGAGUCGGG